AUGGGCAACUCACAGGCCAUGAACGACCAGGAUUCUGAUCGGCUCGAUCAGAAAUUUGAAAUUUUUAACAGUCCACAGCUCUUUGAAGCGACUAAAGUUUGUUCAGAUCUUCCUCAGCACUCUUGCCAGUCAGGCGAAAUGACUUUGUCGGCCCAUCAACACUGUGUGCCUGUUGGCUCUGAAGAAAGCCCACUCGCAUGUCGAGAAGCCCGCUAUAGCCCUCGACCAGGCUAUUUCUGCAGCCACGAGACCGUGUUGCGAUGCUUCGGCUUGCUCACCAGGUUCUGGUGCAGGGUCUGUCAUAGAACAGUUCGAUUUCUUUACGUCUGUACUGCAGAUACAGCGGACUUUUCGCCGUUCGAUCCUGCUGCUGAACCUAUACAGGAAGAUCUCAGCAUCCUGGCACCAUGGGUCCAGAAAGGAAUCGCAGCUGGCGAGUACACCAAUGAGCAAGUCCAGAAGCUGCUGGACCAGAAAAUGAAGGUUUUGACCUUUGCAAAAAGGGCACGAAGAUCUGUUGCGCAACAUUCGGAAAGAGAAUCGAUUGAUAAUUCGGGAAGUUUGGCAAAUUGGCUCAGCAGAGAGGCUCUUAGGCGCAGCAGCCAAGGCGGCACCACCAUCAGCGUACCUUUGGUAAAGAAGCAAAGGAGCGCAACAUGUCGCCUGCAGGCUUGCGGUAACUGCGAGCCUGGCCUAGAGGAAUGUGCCUGGGGAAGCAUUGAUGCCAUUGCGAACGAGCCAUACACCGAACCGCCCCGAAUCCCGGAAUACCUGCGCCGUCCCAUUUCCGAUGCCUCAAAGCUGCGGACCAUGACUGAGCAUCGCUUCCAGUAA